UUGCAUAUAUAAACAUUUUUUACACUAAAAAUUUAUUUUUAAAUGGUGAGUUAGUGACCUUCUUUCAAACAGACUGUCUGGAUUUGGGGAAACUGUCAAGUUUUGUUCGACUCAUAAUAAUAUAAGAGCAUUUAACAACAAGUUUGAAAAAGUGAACUUAGAUUUAUUUGAUCGUUUAUGACAAAUUUAAAAUAAAAUAUGUAAUUCUAGUCUUACUUUAAGAUGAUUAUGGUUUAGAAAAAAUCACACUUGGACUGUUUUAACUCUUAAAAUAGGAGAUAUUUUGGGGGAAUGGGUAAACAUGUCUCUUUUUGAGCAGUAUACAUCUAUUUUUAGCCAUAAUAUUUUUAAUUACCGGAGCAAUAUGCUUAAAUAUGAGUAUUUAUUACUAAUUUUGUCCAUAAUUCACCUUUUAGUGGACACCCAGCCAAUCAGAAUUCACCCGAAAAAUAGUAUUAAUAUAAAUGAUUUUGUCCUGGAUUAUGUCAUGAACAUUUUCCCUGAAAUCCAGUGUCAAAGUUUUAAAACUUUUAAUCUCUAAAAUGUUAUGAUAUAAUUGUGCAUCAGACCACACGUUUUAAUUAGAAGACUUUCAGUUUUAGUUCAUGUUUUAAUUUUUAUUUGUUUUUAAUGUUGACAUGACGUGCUGGAGAACCAAACUGAGCACAUUCAACACAGGGUUGACACUGGAUACAGGCCCCCAGCACACAUGUAUUAAUAGAUGUAGAGGGGCAAACAUGGCAGAGACCUUUAACUGUCAUUUUCUGAAACAUUCCAGUCCACAAAAACAGUUAAAGCCUGUCUGUGGAACCCACAUUAACUUGUAGUUCCUCUGGAAAAAAAGCAAAGGAUCCAACCCAGCAAACAGAUGACACAUCCACUUCUUCACAUGUUGCGAAUGCCUCAGAUGAAACACUGGAAGCCAGGUUUUCUAUUUCAAGAUUACGCUGAGCAUGAAAACCUGAGCAUGCCUGCUCAGAAUGAGAUCAACAGAGCGGCGAGGAGAGGGCCAGCGACUUCAUCAGGAGACUGCUGACAAUGGAUGCUGCGAACGAGGACUUCUCCCGGCAGGAUGUCGACCCCGAGAUGACAAUGCUGACAGCGGAGGAGGUCACAGAGCAGAGCGCUGAUGGCGGCGAUGAAGUGGAAAACCUACGAAGGAGUUUACGCGAGGCCGUCCAUGACGACAGCGUCCGCCCAAAGAUGCAGUGCCUGAUGAUGGAUUCCUCCUUCUCCAUGGUGACGAUGCAGGGUGAGGACAGCGGGAUCGCGUGGGAGACGAACCCCAGUCGCUCAGCCACACCGUGGGCCUCCGAAUCAGGAGACUUAGCCCCUCCUGUUCCUGUCCGUCCUGCAACGCCGGGGUCCCACCCAGCUGGGAAGAUUAUUUUUGUGAUGGACGAAGACAUGAUUUCAAGACAGAGGAAAACUAAAGAGAGGGCUUCCGGUCAGAAGAGCAAAGCGGAGAAACGAGAAGCCCUGGAGCUGAGUUCAGACAACAUCUCAGGACGACCGGAGUUGGUGGAAGUCUCUCAGCCGAAUGUGAAAGCAGAGGAAGAAGGAGAACAAGAGGAGGUGGCUGAUCAUCAGGAAAAUAAGAUGCAGCGGUUGUUCAGCAUCGUGUCUGAAGGCUCGGAGAUCCUGAACAUUGUUGUGCCACAUAAGAUAGUCACAGUGGACGAGGAGGAGAGCAGAGAAAUGGUGGACAAUCUGUCGUACCUCGAGGAAGUUCCUGUUCCCAAAGCCAGCGAGGAGAUCCAAGACAAUGAGACGCUGAUCUUGGGUGAACCUGGGAUCCAGUUAGCUCAACCGGCAACAUCUUCAAGAGUUAGACUUCACGGUACGAUGGAUCCUCCAGGUGCUCCAGUCGCCAGGCCUCCAGGAAGAACAGCUGUAGGGAAUUUGGAUUACUUUGAAGCGUUCUCCCUGGUUGAUGCUCAGGCUCCUGGAGGUCCUGCUAUGAUCUCACCUGGGCAGGUAGAACCAGGGGCCACGGCUCCUGGUGAGAGCAACAGUUCUGAAACUCAGAGAAUUGCUGAAGAAGUCAUUAACACAAACGUGGACAGAGACAAGUCGGACACGGUCAGUUUAGGAGAAAUCACCAGCGAGCUUCUAGAUGAAGUUUUCUACGCUGGUACUGACAGCAAUCCAAUGAAGGGUCUGGAUUCGGUGCACGGUGGCAGAGCAGCUGCUGGUUCAAUAGCCAGACUUCCAUCCAAACCAAGUGGCUCUAGUCUGUUUGGAAGCCAAGAGGACAUCCUGACUCCAAUCUUCCUACCGGAAGGACCUCCAAAAAUUAUUGACCCAAUUUUGCUGGAGGAGCCCAAAGCCAUGGCCUUCCUUUACACGGAUCUGUACGAGGAGGCGCUGGGCAGCCGGAAAAAGGAGGAGGACGCGGAGAGCGUGACGUCUGAGAAGUCCUUCCACAGCAGACACUCGGACCGGGAGGCCAGGGGGUAUUUGGAGAAGUUUGUCCUCAUAGACGAGACCCCGGUGGUGGAGGUGGAACAUUCCGACAAAGAGAAACCAGCAGAGGGAGAACCGCGAGUUCUGACAGGAGACGGGUUUGAGUUUCAAGACUUUCUGCCAAAAGGCGAACAGACGGAGAUGCAGCAAGGAGAAGAAAUCACAGACUUCUUCAGGUCCAGCGCCAACUCUUCCCCAUGUGACGAUGAACGUCUUCCUCCACCUCUGGAAGAAGACGACGACACAGAAAUAGUCUCAAAGAAAACACCCAAAACACAAAAAAGUGUCUCAAUUGCAGAAGAGAAAGUUCCAGGAGCCCAACCGGAUCCACUUAGCCUCUCAAACUUUGAGUUUCCUCUUGAUGAGCCAGACUGGGGAGGUUUGGACGAUCCUCCCACAGCUGAGGAUGAUGUCUUCAAACACGAGGAGUCGUGGAAACACGAGGGAGCCAUGAGCAAACCAGAUGCCCCUCCCAGGAAGAAGACAACCUCUGCUCCCAAAGCAAGCCUAGAUCUUACACCUCUGACUCCAGUCGAUGUGGUUCCGAUGCAGGAACAAGAGGAGGCUGGAGGGAAGGAGCAAAGAGAGGAGGAGAAGGAGACGGCCUCGCCAGCAGAAACGACAGACGAGGGGGAUGAAGUCGACGGCGGAGAGAUGCCGCAGGUCUCUGAGGUGGCUCUGUCCGAGGCCGUUCUGGCUGCGCUGCAAACGGAGAUCUCUGUGAGUGAGAGCGUUCAAGACGGUGAUGAAAACGCCGCCGUACAGGCAACUGAUGAGAACGCCGUGAAAACGGAGGAAAGAGAAGCAGGGAGUGAGGCGGACACAGCAGCGGGACAUACCGAACUGAAGGAGACAGACGUUGAAACAGAUGUUAACCCAAAGAAGCUGGUGGAGAGUUCAGCCGCUGCUCCACCAACCAAAAACAAGGGGCAGUGCAUCAUCCUUUAAUCUAGAAACUUCAAUCAUAUCAGUGACAGAUCUGGGGACAACCCUUCCAGCUUCACAAAUACACAACAAAAUGUGCUCAUCUUUAAAAAGUAUUGGUGUCUCUGAUCGAAUAUCCUCUUCAAACCUCCAGCAAUGGUGCAUGAAUCACUGAGGGAAGAAGUCUGGGUCACCAGGGUGACGGUGCAAAACCACGGGGUGCGCCUUCUGCUAUAAAUAAGCCUCCUUGGCCUUUAACCUGACACCUUGUAUCAACAGUCCGUGUGCAGCACCCACUUGUAAACAGUCCCAGAUAAGAGGCAACACCCGUUCUUGUGCAGUAUUGUAUAUUAUUUUACUCGUUUUACAAAAGUUGUGGCUUUCCAGAACUCUGAGUCAAUUUUUGCUGAAUUAUAACUUUUUUUUUUCUCAUCUGAAUUUGCUGCAUCUAGAAAGAUUAAAGUUGCAAGCGGCAUUGCAUGGCCUGCAGGUGUUACCCGCCCCCCACUGGAUGAGCGGCUGCUUUAUGCGCCCCUCACACUUCCCUUUUACCCCUGCCACCCUGGUCAGAGUUGCAUAUGACAAAUUCCUUUUAAAAAAAGCUUUUUUUUUCAAAAUGGUGACUUUUCUGUUGGUUUAUCCCCAUAGCAACCAUUUAUUUUUUUGGUCACCUGGGGCUGACUAAUCAGUCUAUGUAAUUUUUAGAAGAAUCAGUAAAAGUACAUUUAUGGAUUUCCUUGGCAACUGGGUUUUUUUGUUAGUUAUGCCCACAAUUCUAAUACAUUCAUAUCAUAUGUUAUAUCAUUUAGUUCAGCUUGAGCCGGUGAUUCACGUGUUAAGUGUUUACAGUAUUCAGCUACAAAAUGUGAGAGCAACAAGGUCACACCACUUUUGCAAGCUUGCCAUGCAAAUACCUAAAAUCUACAAACUUUAAAACCAUGAAUUUUUUCCUCAAGUAGCCUUCAAAUGAUGCUCAAGGAGUUAAGAGGAUCAUACUCCCUUUAAAUUCGUAGAAGGGACUAAAAGGGAUUUUUACAAGUUAAAGAUGGCUGCCUCUUCCCGAGGUCAAAGGUCAACAAAACUUCAGUUGUGGUUGUAGACUUAAGAUGGUGGUGAUGUAUGUAAUUUUGUGAAGAAUUCUAAAUCAAAAGCAUUACUCUCCAAUAUUGUACGAAAAUGUGAAAAAUGUCACACUUUCCUACAAAAUGGCUGCAUCCCAUGACUAUACAAUCCAAAUGUCCAUAUGGUAAAUGUGUAAACAGGAAACAAACUAACUAUGAUGUGCUGAAUAAAAUGUAUUUUGUUUUGUUUUUUU